AGAAGGCUUUCUUUUCUUCUACCCCCGUUUAGGUUGUUGGGUUGGGGUGUGGAUGAUCUAACCGUGAUUCACGCCGAGGCAGGUGAAUCCUUCUUUCGCGCGAAAGGUGAAAUGCCGACCGACCUGCUUAGGUUCACCAUUUACCAUGUCAGCAGCCCAUUCUCAUAGGCAUCAAGGCCCCCAUUAUUGUUCCUCCAAGAGCGUAGGUGGCCGGGUUUAUUAACACUGUAUUUUGGUGGUUACGUACGGCCACGCCUCACCGAUCGACAUCUCACCAGGCAAACUUAUGCGAGCACCCCUGCACAUUCUCUCCUUUAAUUCUCUCUCUCUCUCUCUCAACCACUUCUGCCUUCCCUCUCCUGAUGCGUACUUUAUAUUCACUAGAACCAAGGAGCCAUCUUUCCUUCUCUUCUUUCUGACUCUCUGCCCUCUGUCCGGGUACCGGAGGUCCCAUAUAUGCUGCAACAUGGUGCAGUCGAAGAAGUUCAGAGGAGUCAGGCAGCGCAACUGGGGCUCCUGGGUCUCGGAGAUACGCCACCCUCUCCUGAAGAGAAGGGUGUGGCUUGGCACGUUCGAGACGGCUGAGGAGGCUGCGCGGGCCUACGACGAGGCUGCAGUGCUGAUGAGCGGCCGUAACGCCAAGACCAACUUCCCGGUUUCCAAAAUCCCGGCCGGGAAUGCCCCGCCGAAUAAUGAGAAUGAUCGCGCCACCUCCACAGGCUUGUCGGAGGUCCUCAGUGCAAAGCUCCGCCGGUGCUGCAAGACUCCGUCCCCGUCCCUCACCUGCCUCCGGCUGGACACAGAAAACUCCCACAUCGGGGUGUGGCAGAAGCGGGCCGGCGCCCGUGCGGACUCCAACUGGGUCAUGACCGUCCAGCUCGGGAAGGCGGAUGAGCAGCAGGAGUCGAGGAGGAACGUUGAGGGGGAGGCGGGGCCACAGCCACCGUCGCCAGCGAUGGAGGGGACGUCGACGCAGGGGAUGGAUGAGGAGGACAGGAUCGCAUUGCAGAUGAUAGAGGAGCUCCUCAACAGGAACAACUGCCCAGGGUCCCCUUCACAUGAAGAAGGCAGCUUUUCCAUGUAAUCCCCAUCACAGCGGACGGAUUUGGUAAGCCUUUCUUGGUAGGUAGGUAGCUUGGUUGGUUGGUUGGUGUGGUUUUUGUAUAUGGAAGCCUAUAUAUAUAUCCUGCAUACAUCUGGAUGCCUGCCGAUAUUAUAUAGUUUUUAUUUGCGUGUUUUCGCAAUCAAGCUCACCGAACAGUCCCCCCACCCUCAACCCGUGAAAGCUUGUGGUGUAUGUCCCCGUACGCCCCCACUUAAAAAAAAAAAAAAAAGGAAA